AUGGCACUUUUUAAAAAUGAAUUUCAAUUGUCUCAACACAACAAAAAUGUUCAUCAAAAUAUACAAUUUACGUGCGAUUUCAGUGAAUGUGAUAAAGUGUUUAAAUCUAAACAAAUGUUAACUAGACAUAAAUUCAUAGUUCAUUCAUAUAUAGAUAAAAAUCAUAAGUAUUUCCAGUGCUUUUGGCCUAAAUGUCAAUUCAAGGCAAUAACCAAAUCGAUGCUAAAAACACAUCAAUUAAAUCAUUCAAAAAUAAGACAAUUUAAAUGUGAUUUUAAUGAUUGUAAUAAACUAUAUAAACAAAAGUCACAUUUAGAUAGACAUAAAAGGAUCACUCAUUUAAAUGAAAGAUUUGUUUGCGAUUUCAAUGAGUGUUACAAAACAUUUACAAAUAAAAGUUAUUUAUCUGAACACAAAAAUAGUGUUCAUUUAAAUGAACGCAAAUUCAAAUGUGAUGAACAAAAUUGUGGCAAAAUAUUUAAGUCAAAGUCUAAUCUCUUACAACACCAACGCUUGCAUUCGGGAGAUAAACCAUUUGAUUGUGAUUUCAAUGGUUGUAAUAAAAGUUUUGCUAAAAAAACUCAACUUCAAGAUCAUAUGAAUAGACAUUUGAAUAUAAAAAAGUUUAAAUGUCAUUUUGGUGAUUGUAAUAAAGAAUAUGCUGCGAAAGUGGAUUUAAAAAAGCAUAUAAUGAGCGUCCAUUGCGUCCAUUCAAUGUACAGUCAGUCUUCACGGCUGUGCCGAACAGUCGUGAGGACCGCCACUCCCGUCGGCGCUCGUAGUUGUGCUCAUUUUGGCGACAAACAGACGAUAAGAACUCAGUUCGCGUCUAAAGAACAUCUCAAACAAAGUAUUGAAUCGGCUUUAAGUCAGACAAUGUUCUCCACCUCUAAGGUUGUGGUCGACGGACGACAAACACUAUUGAGUACUAAACAGAAAGUUUUGCUUCUUUGCGAUCCAAACGAAGUGAUCGAUUUUGAGGACGUCUUUGACCCACAAGUGCUCAAAACGUGUCGGAAGAUCGGCGAAGGAUCGUAUGGAGAGGUGUUUAUGGCUAAAGACAGGACCGGCAAAGAUGUGGUGAUUAAAGUGAUUGCACUCAUCACUAAUGGAGGGCAAGAAGAAGAGGAGUUGUUUUCGCACAUUUUGCCCGAAUUAGUCAUUUCUAAAGAAUUCAAUAAAUUGAAGACAGGGUUGACGGCCAACAGAGCGCCCAAUUAUAUCCAUAUGUUAAGAGUGACCGCAACUCGCGGUCUGUUUCCCCAGAAACUGAUGGACGCGUGGAAUGCGUUCGACGACGAGAAGACCAGUGAGAACGACGACCCCAACAAUUACACCGAAGACCAGCUCUACGUUGUCCUACAGCUGGCGAACGGCGGCUCAGACUUAGAGGCGCGUCAAUUCGAGUCAGCGCUCGAAACGUUGAGUAUUUGCGCUCAAUUGGCGCUGUCGUUGGCGGCGGCGGAGAUGGCCUACGAGUUCGAGCACAGAGACAUGCAUUGGGGCAAUGUUUUGGUGUCAACGGCACACGUGUCUCAUCUGGAGUACUGUGUGAACGGCAAGAGCUAUAGUCUGCGAGCGAACGGUGUGUUCGCAUCGUUGAUAGACUACUCGCUGUCGCGUAUGUCGAGCGACGGAUUCGUUAUUUACGACGAUUUGGAGAAAUACGGGGAUCUGUUUGAAGGCCGCGGCGACUAUCAGUUCGACGUCUACCGCAAAAUGCGAGUCAAUAACCAAAACGAUUGGCAAAAAGAAGAAGUAUUCGUCGAACCGAACGAAGAGUCACCGAAACUCAAUGCAAGUCCUGAAGUCGAUGUUCAAUGA